UUGCUCGACAAACUCUUAACUGAAUUCUUUACAACAUGGGCAAAAUGGCAAAGGCUCUUGGCCUCGGCGUGAAAGGCAACCUCACGGUAGCCCUAGAUCGCUCACAUUACCUCGCAGGCGACCUCUUGCGCGGAAGCGUAGUGCUCAGCGUUACGGAGCCGCUCGACUUCACGUCACUUCUGGUGCGCAUCCACGGCAAGGAGCUUCUCACGUGGACCGAAGGCGGCGGCCAGGCUGCGGCUGUGUAUCUCCGAGAGUAUCUACAUUUAGACGAAGAGAUCGUCUUGAGUGCCGAACAACAGUCGUGUCAACCGGGAGAGUACGUGUACCCCAUUUGCUUCCAGCUAGCCGAGACGCUCCCCAACUCGUUCCAUAUUUCGGGCCGUGAUGCCGGUGUCAUGUGCCGCAUCGACGCGUCGCUAAGCUACUCGGCCACAGCCGUCAUGACAGUCAAGGGCAAGUUAUCAGCUGACAUGGAUGCGAAGAAGACUUUCGUAGUGCAGCAACCGCCGAUUGGCCAACCCGUACGCUCGCUUGAAAAUUCGGCGUCGGGUGAGAUCCACAUGCUGCGCCUUAUGAAGAAAGGAACCUGCUCUAUUUCGGCGCAGCUACCAAGCAACGUUCACGUCACGGGAGACGUAUUGCUGGCCCAGACCAGAGUCCAAAACGAUACCUCGAAGGACAUGAACAAGCUGUCCAUGAUGCUCUAUGAAGACGUCAUAGUGGACUUGGGCACUUCACACCAAAAAUCUGAAGGAUCCACUUGUGUCAGUCGCAGAGACUUUCCGGGCGUACAGGCAGGAAAGACGCUCGAACAGGUGCUGGAUCUGCCGCUAGUCACCAAAGCGUCGACAUCUCGGCCAGUUUCUGCCGCCAUUGAGUCGCAUUUCCUGACAACCAGGUAUCGCCUCGUCAUCAAGUGCCAGUUCCGCCUUUGUCGCAGCGUUUCAGUGGAUUUCCCCGUGGCAAUUCUUCGGAAGCUGGUAGUGGAAGCCGCGUACGCCCCGACCGCCGCUGUUCUACCGACAGUAGCUGCUACGGCUGCGUCGCCGUCGGUAGAAGUGAUGCAAGCGGUGGCUGUUGCUCCAAGGAGGAAAUCUGCUAAUGACGGUCGGAGUUCGAGGAGUUCCGAGAACUCGAUCCGGUCGCCGACAGCCACGCUGGACUAG